UCAACUAAAUAGUACUAAGAAAGAGACAAAACAAGAAGACUAAGAAAGUAAACAACAUUGUUCUCUCGUGCAUCUUACUUCCAACUAUGUCUUUAAUCUGAAUCUCUCGAUCUUAGUCUCCUCAUUUCGAAAACAAUGAACAAGCUAUUUUUCUACUUCAUCGUUUUUCUUCUUUCUCCACCACGAAUCCUUUCCCAAACCAUUCCAAGAAACAUCAGCAUUUUCAUAUUGGCCGGUCAAAGCAACAUGGCGGGUCGAGGCGGCGUUUAUAACGACACCACCAAAAACAUCAUCGUGUGGGACGGCGUAAUUCCUCCGGAGUGUCGAUCAAACCCUUCAAUCCUCCGCCUCACAGCUAAGCUCGAGUGGGAAGAGGCUAAAGAGCCACUCCAUGCUGAUAUUGACGUUAACAAGACUAAUGGUGUUGGACCGGGGAUGUCAUUUGCAAACCGGGUGGUAAACCGGUUUGGUAAGGUAGGUUUGGUUCCUUGCUCUGUAGGUGGGACUAAACUAAGCCAAUGGCAAAAGGGCGAGUUUCUUUACGAGGAGACAGUGAAAAGGGCCAAAGCAGCUGUGGCUAGUGGAGGUGGCUCGUACCAAGCGGUUUUGUGGUAUCAAGGUGAGUCGGAUACGGUGGAUGUGGUGGAUGCUUCGGAUUAUAAAAAGAGAUUAGUCAAGUUUUUCAAUGAUCUUCGAAGUGAUUUACAACAUCCAAAUCUUCCGAUUAUUCAGGUGGCUCUUGCUACAGGCGAAGGACCAUAUCUUGACGUGGUAAGGAAAGCACAACUGGAGACAGAUCUUGAGAACGUGAAUUGUGUUGAUGCAAUGGGUUUACCUCUUGAACCGGACGGUUUGCAUCUGACAACAUCUUCUCAGGUCCGGCUUGGUCAAAUGAUGGUUGAUGCUUUCUUGGCCAUUCGGCCCAUUCCUAGUUCAGCCUAAUUAUUCUCUGGCUUGUCCGUCCUUGUUCUAUUUCCGUUAUUCCUUUUAUAGUAUUCUUUUGGACCAACAACCUUAACAAUUUUGGAUACUUCAAGAUAUAUUGUUCCAACUA